ACCUUUAAUAAAACUUUAUUGCUCUGAAAGAUGUAACUGGUGCUUCAUGGUGAUCCUUAGAAGUGAAAAGUAAAACUGAAACAGAAGCCUGUAGAAAACAAAAGUAAAACAUUCGUAGAUUUACAGUAGCCGGAUAGCUGCUUGAACUGGUGAGAUCUUUGCAGGGAUCGAGACGGAACUAGGCCUUGCUGUGUAUCACUACCGGGUAUCAAACUUCCCCCAUCUGCAGUUCAUCAGUCAGACUCCAGCCUCGAUUGAUUUGGCUCCCAGAUGGCAGAAAAACCAAAACGUUCAGAGACAGAGGUAGGCCACAGCAACUCGCCAGAUGUCUCACUGGGGAUUACAGUCCUGGAGCCGUCUAGUAUCAAUGUCCCACAAUACCAUGUGCACCAGAAGGAUGGUGUGCAGAUCUGCGACAACUUCCUACUAGGGGGUUGCCUGUUGCAGGAGCAGUGUCCACACCACCAUACCCCUUUCCCUUACCACUGGCAGUGGAGGCGCAAGAAAGACUGUGUGUGGCUCAGUUUCAGCUUCUCAGCUCAACAUCAUUUGGAGAGACUCUACUGUGAUCCAAACUUCAGUCAAGCAGAGCUGGUGGACAGGUGGGGCUUUGUCCGUGUAUUAAACUUGGACACAAUGACAUUCAGAGACAUUAUGUUAUAUGAUAAAAUACGCCGGCUCUCCAACAGCAGUGACCCUGCUUGCAAUCCUCACUUCCCUGCAGAGUGGAAGGUUUAUUGGAAAGAACUAGGGAGCUGGAGGGAAUAUGAGGAGCCAGUUGCACAGGAACUCGUGGCUGCUUUUGAGCGGGGCCUAUGGAACCAUGCCUUUUAUCUAGAUGGGCACCUCUAUAAUGUGGACCUCAAAAACCAUACCCAGUGCAAUGUCAGGACAAAGUUCUCCCGUCCUGUUAUACACCGACCAGUCUUACGUUCAUGUGCUAAUAUUGCACCCUAUUUGCGGUCAGUUGCCUCAGCCCUUUGCACCGCAGCAGUCCCUGGGGAGGAUCCUUUGGAUCUGUACUGUGGGUCAUAUCCUGCCGAAUGGGUCCCUCAGCCCUGUGGGGACUUGCCUUUUACAAUGGUCGAAGUGACUCUACCAGAGCUGGCCUACCAGAAGGUGAGCAAGCUCUUCCAUGACUCCUUGCCAGAGGGGAAGGCAUUGGUGCUGUCGAUCUACCGUAUACGCAACAACCAUCUCUGGCAGGCGUAUGUGAGGCAGAAGGUGCUCAUGUGCCAGAACCGCUGUCCAGAGGAUCAACACUCUCUGGAGAAACAUCUUUUCCAUGGCACUGGAGCAGCCCAGAUCAGGUCUAUCUGCGCAAUGAACUUUGACUCUCGCUUGGCAGGGCUGAAUGGCAGCGCUUACGGGAAGGGCAUUUAUUUUGCUAAGAAUGCAGCAUAUUCACACACUUAUGCCCGAGCAACCCAGGACAACGUUCACUGCAUGUUCUUGGCCAAAGUGCUGACAGGCUAUACAGCGAAUGGCAACUCAAAGCUGAAGCGGCCUCCUGUAUGCUACGACUCCUGCACAGAUUGUACCAAAGACCCCAGGAUUUUUGUCAUCUUCAAGAACUGCCAGUGCUACCCAUACUUCCUAAUCUGCUACAAAGAAGUAGCUAAGCCGGUGGCUGUGGAACAAUGAAGAUGUCAGGCCUUCUUCUAUGACUCUCCAAUAUGUCUAGUCCAUGUCAAGCAAUACAUGAUGCUCAGUUGCAUUCAGCACACUAACUUUUUUUUAAUAAAAUGCAGAUGCUGAGACUGCAAUCUACAGUG